AUCACUAGGGUGUCCAGGACAUUGUGUGACUCAGGAAACAGCUCAGACGUGAGGCUUGCAGUGGGCAGAGGAGGAGGAAGGGGCCUUGGGAGCAGAGGAGGUGGCUCCUGCCUCGGUUGAGGGCUCUGAGGGUCCUUGCCUGAGGAGGCAGAGGAUCUGGGUGUGGGGCGGUGCUCUGGAAUGCAGCCCCCUUCACUGCUGCUGCUGCUGCUGCUGCUGUGUCACUCAGUCGUCAAGACCAGAGUGCUUCCGUGUGGGGACUUCCCAGAACCCUGUGCCAACGGAGGCACCUGCCUGAGCCUAUCUCAGGGACAAGGGAGCUGCCAGUGUGCCCCUGGCUUCCUGGGUGAGACAUGCCAGUUUCCUGACCCCUGCCAGGAUGGCCAGCUCUGCCAGAAUGGGGGCAGCUGCCAAGCUCUGCUUCCCACCCUCCCAGGCUCCCCUAGCCUUCCCUCUCCCUUGGCCCCCAGCUUCUCCUGCACCUGCCCCUCUGGCUUCACUGGCCAGAGGUGCCAGGCCCAACUCAAGGACCCCUGUUCUUCCUUCUGUUCCAAAAUGGGCCGCUGCCACAUCCAGGCCUCAGGCCGCCCACGAUGUUCCUGUCUGCCUGGAUGGACAGGUGAGCAGUGCCAGCUUCGGGACUUCUGCUCAGCCAAUCCCUGCGUCAAUGGAGGGGUGUGUCUGGCCACAUACCCCCAGAUCCAGUGCCGCUGCCCACCUGGCUUCGAGGGUCAUGCCUGCGAACAUGAUAUCAAUGAGUGUUUCCUGGACCCAGGGCCCUGCCCCAAAGGCACUUCCUGCCAUAACACCUUGGGAUCUUUCUGGUGUCACUGCCCCACUGGGCAGGAGGGUCCACGCUGUGAGCUCCAGCCAGGACCCUGCCCCCCUUCGGGCUGUCCCAAUGGGGGCACCUGUCAGCUGGUUCCAGGGAGAGACUCCACCCUCCACCUCUGCCUCUGCCCCCAAGGUUUCAGAGGCCUGAGCUGUGAGGUGAAUCCAGAUGACUGUGCUGGGCACCAGUGUCAGAACGGGGGCACUUGCCUGGAUGGGCUGAGCACCUACACGUGCCUCUGCCCAGGGGCCUGGACAGGCUGGGAUUGCUCCGAAGAUGUGGAUGAAUGUGAGGCUCAGGGUCCCCCUCGCUGCCAAAAUGGGGGUACCUGCCAGAACUCAGCUGGCAGCUUCCAUUGUGUGUGUGUGAGCGGCUGGGGAGGCACAGGCUGUGAAGAGAACCUAGACGACUGUGUUGCUGCCACCUGUGCCCCGGGAUCCACCUGCAUCGAUCGUGUGGGCUCCUUCUCCUGCCUUUGCCCACCUGGCCGCACAGGACUCCUGUGCCACAUGGAGGACAUGUGCCUGAGCCAGCCAUGCCACGGGGAAGCCCAGUGCAGCACCAAUCCCCUGACAGGCUCUCCACUCUGCCUGUGUCAGCCUGGCUACUCGGGGCCCACCUGCCACCAGGACCUGGACGAGUGUCAGAUGGCCCAGCAAGGCCCCAGUCCCUGUGAACACGGCGGCUCUUGCCUCAACACCCCUGGCUCCUUUGACUGCCUCUGUCCCCCUGGCUACACGGGCUCCCGCUGCGAGGCUGAUCACAAUGAGUGCCUGUCCCAGCCCUGCCAUCUAGGCAGCACCUGCCUGGACCUGCUUGCCACCUUCCACUGCCUCUGCCCACCAGGCUUAGAAGGGCAGCUCUGUGAGGUGGAGACAGACGAGUGUGCCUCUGCUCCUUGCCUGAACCAGGCUGACUGCCAGGACCUCCUCAACGGCUUCCUGUGUGUCUGCCUGCCUGGAUUCACUGGCUCCCGGUGUGAGGAGGACAUCAAUGAGUGUGGAAGCUCUCCCUGUGCCAACGGUGGGCAGUGCCAGGACCAGCCUGGAUCAUUCCAUUGCGAGUGUCUUCCAGGCUUUGAAGGCCCUCGCUGUCAGGCCGAGGUGGAUGAGUGUCUGAGUGGCCCAUGCCCCACUGGAGCAAGCUGCCUGGAUCUCCCAGGAGCCUUCUUUUGCCUCUGCCCCUCUGGCUUCACAGGUCAUCUCUGUGAGGUUCCCCUGUGUGCCCCCAACCUGUGCCAGCCCAAGCAAAAAUGCCAAGAUCAGGAAGACAAGGCCCACUGCCUCUGCCCUGACGGAAGCCCUGGCUGUGCCCCCGUUGAGGACAACUGCACCUGCCACCACGGACACUGCCAGAGAUCCUCAUGUGUGUGUGAUGUGGGAUGGACAGGACCAGAAUGUGAAGCAGAGCUGGGGGGCUGCAUCUCCACGCCCUGUGCGCAUGGGGGGACCUGCCACCCCCAGCCCUCGGGCUACAACUGUACCUGCCCCACAGGCUACACAGGCCCCACCUGCAGCGAGGAGCUAACGGCUUGUCACUCAGGGCCCUGUCUCAACGGUGGCUCCUGUAGCCCCAGCCCUGGGGGCUAUUCCUGCACCUGCCCUCGGAGCCACACUGGGCCCCGCUGCCAGACAAGCACUGACCACUGUGCCUCUGCCCCGUGCCUCAAUGGGGCUACCUGUGUGAACAGGCCUGGCACCUCCUCCUGCCUCUGUGCUGCGGGCUUCCAAGGCCCACGCUGUGAGGGAAGGACCCGUCCUAGCUGUGCAGACAACCCCUGUAGGAACAGGGCAACCUGCCAAGAUGGCCCUCAGGGUCCCCACUGCCUCUGCCCCCCUGGCUACACAGGAGACAGCUGCCAGACUCUGGUGGACAUCUGUGCCCAGAAGCCCUGUCCACACAAUUCCCACUGCCUCCAGACUGGGCCUUCCUUCCAGUGCCUGUGCCUCCAGGGAUGGACCGGGCCUCUCUGCAACCUUCCGCUGUCCUCCUGCCAGAAGGCCGCUUUGAGCCAAGGCACAGAAGUUUCUUCCCUGUGCCAGAAUGGAGGUCUCUGCAUCGACAGUGGCUCCUCCUAUUUCUGCCACUGCCCCCCUGGAUUCCAAGGCAGCGUAUGUCAGGACAGGGUGAACCCAUGUGAGUCCAGGCCCUGCCAACAUGGGGCCACGUGCAUGGCCCAGCCCACUGGGUAUCUCUGCCAGUGUGCCCCAGGCUACAAUGGACAGAACUGCUCAAAGGAAUCCAACGCUUGUCAAUCCCAGCCCUGUCACAACCAUGGGACCUGCACCCCCAAACCUGGGGGCUUCUACUGCACCUGCCCUCCAGGUUUUGUGGGGCUGCGCUGUGAAGGGGACGUAGAUGAGUGUCUGGACCAGCCCUGCCACCCCCCAGGCACUGCAGCCUGCCACUCUCUGGCCAAUGCCUUCUACUGCCAAUGUCUGCCUGGAUACACGGGCCAGUGGUGUGAAGUGGAGACAGACCCUUGCCAGAGCCAGCCCUGCUCCAACGGAGGGUCUUGUGAGACAACAGUAGGACCACCCCUGGGUUUCACCUGCCACUGCCUCCAGGGUUUUGAGGGCCCCACCUGCAACCACAGAGCCCCCUCCUGUGGCCACCACCACUGCCACCACGGUGGCCUGUGUCUGCCCUCCCCCAAGCCUGGCUUCCCACCCCGCUGUGCCUGCCUCAAUGGCUACGGGGGCCCUGACUGCCUGACCCCACCUGCUCCUCAUGGCUGUGGCCCUCCUUCUCCAUGCCUACACAAUGGCAGUUGCUCAGAGAUCCCUGGGCUGGGGUCCCCAGCCUUCCGAUGCUCCUGCCCUCCCAGCUCUCCAGGGCCCCGGUGUCAGAGGCCUGGAGCAAAGGGAUGUGAGGGCAGAGGUGGAGAUGGGGCCUGUGAUGCUGGCUGCAGCGGCCCUGGAGGAAAUUGGGAUGGGGGAGACUGCUCCCUGGGGGUCCCGGACCCCUGGAAGGGCUGUCCUUCCCACUCCCGGUGUUGGCUUCUCUUCCGGGAUGGGCAGUGCCACCCACAGUGUGACUCUGCAGAGUGUCUGUUUGAUGGCUACGACUGUGAGACUCCUCCAGCCUGCACUCCAGCCUAUGACCAGUACUGCCGUGAUCACUUCCACAACGAGCACUGCGAGAAAGGCUGCAACACUGCAGAAUGUGGCUGGGAUGGGGGUGACUGCAGGCCCAAAGAUGGAGAUUCAGAAUGGGGGCCCUCCCUGGCCCUGCUGGUGGUGCUGAGUCCCCCAGCCCUGGACCAGCAGCUGCUUGCCCUGGCCCGGGUGCUAUCCCUGACUCUGAGAGUGGGGCUCUGGGUAAGGAAGGACAGUGAUGGCAAGGACAUGGUGUACCCCUAUCCUGGGGCCCAGGCCGAAGAGGAGCUAGUAGGAACCCUGGAUCCCUCUCAUCAGGAGAGAGCAGCCCCUCAAACACAGCCUGGGGGCAAGGAGACAGACUCUCUCAGCACUGGGUUUGUGGUAGUGAUGGGUGUGGAUUUGUCCCGCUGUGGCCCUGACCACCCUGCAUCCCGCUGUCCCUGGGACCCUGGGCUCCUGCUCCGCUUCCUUGCUGCAAUGGCUGCAGUGGGGGCCCUGGAGCACCUACUGCCAGGACCGCUGCUGGCUGCCCAUCCUCGUGCUGGCACUGCACCACCAACCAACCAGCUUCCCUGGCCUGUGCUGUGCUCACCAGUGGCUGGGGUGCUCCUCCUAGCCCUUGGGGCUCUUCUCGUCCUUCAGCUCAUCCGGCGGCGGCGGCGCCGUGAGCAUGGGGCCCUCUGGCUGCCCCCUGGGUUCAUUCGAAGGCCUCGAACUCAGCCCACUCCCCGCAGACGCCGGCCUCCCCUGGGUGAAGAUAGCAUCGGCCUCAAGACACUGAAGCCAGAGGCAGAAGUUGAUGAGGAUGGAGUUGUGAUGUGCUCAGGCACCAAAGAAGGCGAAGAGGUGGGCCAGGCUGAGGAAAUGGCCUCACCCUCCAAGUGCCAGCUCUGUCCUCUGAGGGGUGACUGUCAGGAGCUCCCCCAGGCAGCCAUGCUGACUCCUCCCCAGGAAUCUGAGAUGGAUGUCCCUGACGUGGAUACCCGUGGGCCUGAUGGGGUGACAGCCCUGAUGUCAGCAGUUUGCUGUGGGGGAGUGGAGUCCAGGACCUUCCAGCGGUCAUGGUUGGGAAGCCCUGAACCCUGGGAACCUCUGUUGGGUGGAGGGGCCUGUCCCCAGGCUCACACUGUGGGUACUGGGGAGACACCCCUGCACCUGGCUGCCCGAUUCUCCCGGCCAACCGCUGCCCGCCGUCUCCUUGAGGCUGGAGCCAACCCCAACCAGCCAGACCGAGCAGGGCGCACCCCUCUUCACACCGCUGUGGCUGCUGACGCUCGGGAGGUUUGCCAGCUCCUGCUCCGCAGCAGACAGACUGCAGUGGAUGCACGGACAGAGGACGGGACCACAGCCCUGAUGCUGGCCGCUAGGCUGGCGGUGGAGGACCUGGUUGAAGAACUGAUUGCAGCCCAAGCAGAUGUGGGGGCCAGAGAUAAAUGGGGAAAAACCGCGCUGCACUGGGCCGCCGCCGUGAACAACGCCCGGGCCGCCCGCUCCCUUCUCCAGGCCGGAGCCGAUAAAGAUGCCCAGGACGGCAGGGAGCAGACGCCGCUGUUCCUGGCUGCCCGAGAAGGGGCGGUGGAAGUAGCUCAACUGCUGCUGGGACUAGGAGCGGCCCGAGGACUGCGGGACCACGCCGGGCUAGCGCCCGGAGACAUCGCUCGCCAGCGUAACCACUGGGAUCUGCUGACGCUACUGGAGGGGGCGGGGUCACUGGAAGCGCGUCACAAAGCCACGCCCGGCCGCGGGGCGGAAGCCUUCCCGCGCUCGCGUACCGCGUCGGGAAGCUUGCCCCCGCGUCGGGGCGGGGCUCUGCCGCGCAACCGGACGCUGUCAGCUGGGGCUGGUCCGCGUGGGGGCGGAGCAUGUCUGCAAACCCAGACUUUGUCAUUAGAAUGGGCCGCGCGUGGGGGUGGAGCCUAUUCGCAUUGCCAGAGCCCAUCGAAAGGAGCAGGAGGCGGCCUGUCCCCCGGAGGCCAUGGGUUUUCUCCAGGCAUGCGCGGGCCUCGGCCCAACCCUGCUGUAGUGCCAGGAAGAUCCGGGGCCGCUUCCGGGGGCGGGGGUGGGGCCUCAGCCGACGAUUGGCCCUGCGAUUGGGUGACCCUGAGAGCCUGCGGCUCCAACACUCCAAUCCCGCCUCCUUGCCUUACGCCGUCCCCGGAGCGGGGAUCCCCUCAAGUCGCCUGGGAUCCUCCAACCCACCAAGUAACAACUUUAAACGCGGGAGGCGAGGGUCAAAAAUAGGACGCUACAUGACAGGGAUUCUAAAAAUGAGCACCCAUUAUAGGACAGCCUGGAAACACUCCAGAUUUUAAGAUCCUGGAUCCCCAAAAGUGAGGAGUCAAGAGUAUUGUGUCCCUCCCAAAAUGACUAUGCCCACUCCUCCUCGUCUUACACGUGGAGAAGCUGCAGCCCUGAAUGAAGAGGGCCCAGCCCUUCUCCCAGAAAAUAAGGGUGAGGAGCUACAGAAGGGUGGAGUGGAACCAAUUACUACAAACGUAAAGGAUGUAAGUUCUUUCCUGUAUACGGUAUCCAAAGGAAACCUCUGUCAUCUACAAAUAGCUGACAAAUAUUUACAGAGUACCUACUAUGUGCCAGGCACUGUGUAGGUGCUGAAGUGUGUGAGCCAAGGGCCACUCCAGCUGAUGACUCCUUGCACUUUACCCACUUCCCUCCUCAACAAACCAUCCCAGGGAUGAAGCGUCAUUCUUCUCGCCACCACUAUCUAUUUAAGAACCUCAAAUCUGUCAUCCCAUAAUAAAGCUUAUUUGAAGUGUUAACCUGUUUUUGGAAGAGUUGAGUGGAAUGGGAAAAAAUUCCACUCAUGGGAAUGGCUGCAAAGAGUCUUCAGAAUUUUGUGCUCUAAGAACAAAGGCAUCCCUUUAGGAGCCACCUGGGUGGUUCAGUCGGUUAAGCGUCUGACUCGAUCACAGGGUCAGGAGUUCAGAGCCCUGCGCUGGGUGUGAAGCCUACGUAGGAAAAAAAAAAAAAA